AUGGAUCAGUUAUUAGAGGAACUGUUAUUGAAACGGAAAGAUGGGUUGCAUUCACAAAUAAAUACAUUAAUAAAUCAAUUAUGUGAUGAGACAAAAUUGAAAAAAUCCCAUUCAGAUCAAAUCAAUCGAUCUAAAGGUUCCAAAGUAUUGGUGAUCGCCAAUAAGAUCAAGGUGCUAGUGCAGGAGUUUGAACCAUCCCCCAAUCUCUUGGACUCUUCAUUGUCUCGUUAUAUAGACAGUUUAUCUCUCGGCUAUUCCAAUGCUCGUGAAAGUGAUGUGGUGGAUGAUAUACUUGAAUCAAUCGCGGUAGUUGUUUAUACCUUGUCCAAAAUUCGUGGAUUUAAAUACAUUACCAAUUACUUCUCCAGUGAUGUCUAUAUGGUUCCAAAACUUCUCUUAUGGAUGGAAGAUAACACGAAAACUAGUGACAGUCAACAAUUCUUGAUAUUAUUAUGGUUAUCAAACCUUGUACUAGUGCCCUUUCAAUUACAACAAAUUUCCCCAGACAUACCCGACAGGCUAUUCAGCAUGUCUUUGAGAGCAUUGGGUCAAUAUUCUAAGGGAUCCAAGAAUCAAAUCAUGAUUCUGAUCUUAUUAUCGAGACUAUUAACAAGAUCUGAUCUGAAAGUUCUUUUAAACGAUUAUUUUAUGAAUAUAAUUCCACCGGUUUGGAGUUUGAACUUAACGAACAAAGUGUAUCCCAGCUCUUUGAAAUUGGGUCAUAUGAUAACAAUCAAUAAAAUCUUGAAGAGAAUAGAUGGCUCUUCUAAUAACGACUAUUAUUUGGUAGUUCGUGACAUUUUGGAUCAUGAUUUUGCCAUUGUUCAAUCAGAUUGUCAAGAUCAAUCUGAUUUUACCAACAUGAAUGUAUUAUAUUUAAUUAAAUUAUCUCAAAGAUGGUGUCUUUAUGAAUUAUCAUGCUUACAAUAUUUACCAGUGGCAGAUAAUAUAAACCAAUUGUUUCAACGCAUUCUAUUCCCACUUUCUUCCGCUGGGAAACUUGAUACAAGCUUGCGAUAUGCAUUGGCAAAGACUCUAAGUAAUAUAUGCACACACCUUUCUACCACCGCAGUCAAUUAUCAAGAUCAAAUCAUAAACUAUAUCCUAAAUGAUUUGGAAAUCUCAAACUUACAAAUGGAUUCUCCCAAUGAUUCUGUGUUUGAUCCAGAUUUAGAUAUACGACCUGACUACGUAUCAACAUCGCAUUAUCAUACUGUCCUCUUAUUUCUAGGAUAUCUUACUCUAAAGAAAAGUUUACCUACGAGUUAUAUCCCCGUGGUAUUGAGUAUAAUACAUAAGACUCUCUUUUUCAGCCAAAAAUUACUUACCGUGACCUUGGGUUCUCAAAUAAGAGACUCGUCUUGCUUUGUACUUUGGGCAAUCUCAAGAAGUAUUCCGGCUAGAGAAUUUCCUAAAAUUGUUGACUCCUUUACUCUGCAAACAAUUUUAUACGAUCUUUUCCAAGUUGCAAUUUUUGAUACAGAUUUGAUUAUCAGAAGAUGUGGUAUUGCUGUACUUCAAGAAUAUAUUGGGAGAUUUGGACUCUAUAUAUUUGAGUUUGAAAGAAAAGAGAUCGAUCUUGACGGGGAACUAAUGGGUGGGUUUAUCAUUGAGUUUAUUCAGCUUUUUGACACACCUUCAGUGUCUACUUUAGCAGCAUCAUAUGAAAUAAUUCCCAAAUUGAUAUACAUGGGAUUCAAUGUGAAUUUCUUCAUAUCGAUAUUGAUGAACCAAAUUAACGAUCCUGACGUAGACUUCCACAUAAAGAAACUUAGUGCCAUUUCAUUGAACGAAAUCAUAACCAAUAACAUACGCAAGCAAUACGAUUUAAAGAAUCACAAGAGUGAUGAUUUACAGUUAUGGGAAUUCUCGAGAAUUACCCAUGACCUAUGUAAAUCUAUUAAACUGGAAGUUCCUGGAGCAUUAUAUUCUAUAUCUGCGAUAUUGUUUUCACAGCCGGAGCAAAAUUUAGAAAAUGAAUUGGAUCUAAUUGUUCGGUAUGUUGCAGAACAUUUUAGUUUUGAUAUACAUACAGAUUCUCAUGAAAAAGGUGAAGAAUUCACAUCAUUUUUCACUGCAAUUUUAAAUGCCGAAUACUUUAACGGUGAACCUCAACUUGAGAGUCUAUAUUGGGAUCAUUUGUUCGAAAUAUCAAGAGUUUCGUUUAAUUCCGAUCUUGUGAAGCAAAUACAAUGUCUUUUUGAAAUUGCAACAAGUUGUGAUCAAAUUUCAGACGAUUUACAAGAUCGUAUUAUAAGUCUUAUUAAGCACAACAAUUUAAAUUUAGCUUCAAGUAUUGGUUAUCUUUCAGAUAUUAAUUCAUCAUUCAUGCAAGUCAUCGUCAAUAUGAUAGAAAAUAAAAAGGGAGUUCAAGCUGAAACAAGAGCUGAGCUCAUUAAAAGUUUGUCACAUCAUUUCAAGAUGAAUGCUAUCAAUAUUGAAAUUAUACCAAGAAUUCUCAACAUGUUAGAUGAUUAUACUAUCACCAUUCAAGGUGAUGUUGGGUCUAAAAUCAGACUGUCUGUACUUGAUUUCAUCAAAGACCACUUGCCUACGUUACAGAAACACUCCAAUUUGAUAACAGAAGUGUACUCAAAAGUCGUGAGACUCUCAACUGAAGCAUUAGAUAGUCUUAGGAUGCAAGCAAUGGCGAUUUUAAUUGAAUCUAAUGAUUUUGCGACUGUAUCACCUUUAUCUUCCAACACAGAAUUAUAUUUCCAAAAUCUCUUUCAGUUUUACACUAAGAAUCUAUUGGAAGAUCCAACCUUACGAAAGUCUUUUUGGUCCGGAUAUGUAUUCUGUGUCGGGAUGGCUAACCAUUCACUUAUAAACACUUCAUUAAAUACAUUAUUGAAAUACUUGGAAUCUACUGAAAGUUCAUUUAAAUCGAUAUUUUUUAUGGAAAUGUUAAAACUACUUGGCUCACCUAAAGAAGGUUUGAAGUCUUUACCUCCAAGAACAUUAAAACGCUACACUGCCACGUUGAAUACACUCCUAUACCUAUUUGAAUCAGGGACUACAUUUCCAACGGAUUUUAACUACGAAGCCUUAUAUAUUCGCUGUUAUAAUCUUCAUAUCAAUACUGCAAAUAGUCAACGUAUUGGGCUAGUCAUUAAAAUGUUCCAAUAUAUUUCAUGCCUAAACUUGGACAUUUCGAUGAGUGCUAAAAAGAGACUUUGUUGGUUAGCUUGUAAACAUUCUUUACCGGGAGUUCGUCUUAUGAGUGGAGAAGCUUUAUUAGAAGUUGUCAUAGAAAUGGACAGUUGUGACCCAUUACUGCAAAGCUUUAUAAUUGAUACUGAAUGGGAUAUGCCUACAAAAGAAUUAGUUCAAAAAUAUAAAACCUUAGAGUGUGUUAUAAUGAAUUGA